AUGGAUGCUGAGAGACUUGGUAUGAUUGGUGCACUAGUCCAGCAGCAGAAUCAGAACCUCCUCAGAUUGCAACAAACUGUUGACAGAAGGAGAAGAAGGAGAGACAGAGUUGUGUGGGUCAGACAGUGGAUACUGAGAAGGCCUGAACAUGGACUGUAUGAGAAGCUGAUGGUGGAGCUGAGGAAUGAGGAUCCCCGAGCCUUCAAGCACUUCAUGAGGAUGCCACCAGCCAUGUUUGAUGAAGUUGUACAGAGGCUGACCCCCAGAUUGACCAAGCAAGACACCAAUUACCGAGCAAGCCUGGAACCUGGUCUAAAAGUGGCUAUCACCCUACGGCACCUGGCCUCUGGUAACACCUACAGAAACAUGCAAUACGCCUGGAGGGUUCCUCACAACACCAUCAUUGGUGCCAUUGAUGGCAAGCACGUGGCCUGUAAAUGUCCUCCUAACUCUGGCUCCGAAUUCUACAACUACAAAGGCUUUUACAGCGUGAUUCUGUUUGCCAUGGUGGAUGCUGACUACAGGUUCACCUAUAUUGACGUCUCAGGCAAUGGCUCAUCCUCAGACGCUCAAAUCUACAACGAAAGUGAUCUCCAUCGUGGGCUGGACCAGAACAGGAUUCAUGCCUUUCCUCAGCCAGACCCCUUACCCAAUGACCAUCAGGAUGUGCCUUACUUCAUCGUCGGGGAUGACGCCUUCUCACUGCGAACCUACCUCAUGAAGCCGUACAGCAACAGAAACCUCACCCAUGAAGAGCGCAUCUUCAACUAUCGACUGUCCAGGGCAAGACGGGUAGUGGAGAACGCCUUCGGCAUCCUGGCCAACAGGUUCCAGAUUCUGCUCACAACCAUGCAACAUCACCAUGAAACUGUCAGAACCAUCGUAGAAGCUUGCUGCAUCCUCCACAACCUGAUGCGCACCCGCUACCCAGUGCUCUAG